AUGGCUGAUAAGAUUACACAUAUAACAGUUGCACUGGGACGAUUGGAACAACAAUAUGUGGAGCAUAAAGAAAAGUUCGAAAAAUGGAAGCUGAACAAUAUAGCGCAAUGUGGUACGGAAACGUAUAAUAAGUAUGUGGAGGAGUUUAAUGAGUGGGAGAAAGGUGUCAAAGAGCAACAAAGACAACUGAUUGAAGAGCGUAAUAGUUUACUCGCACCGCAAGAUUUGGAUACUAAAUUAGAUGGCUUGUUGGCUCAAAUUUCACCAAAAGAUUUUAUUCUUGCCGUUGUGAUGAUGACCAGUAAAGAUCCUACAUUUUUCCCAGCGCUACUUUCUGCUCUACAGAAAGUUCAAGCAUAUGAUGAAGCACGGCAAGCAAGUAUAUAUCACGCAUAUGCAGCGUCAGCAGCAUCCUAUGCACCAUCAGCGAAUCGUCAGUAUCCUUCUCAAAUUCAAUAUUCUAGUACGCAAACUUUGCGGCCCUCGAAUCCGACUCAUCCGUAUGGUGCGGUGCGAUCUGACGUUCCAGUUGAUGUAACCAAGCGACCAUAUAAUAACCUACUUGGAGCCACAAAAGGCGAUGAGUUGACUGCACGCAAAAGUUACCGAGCUCCAUCACCAGUUCGUGAUUACCGAAAUCCCUCAACAUUACCUUUCCGUGAUUUUAGCCAAACGUAGUACAGAUUAAAGGAAAGACAAAAUAUUGAUUUCAGUCAUAUGAUGGCAUUAUCGUGGGUACAUUGUAAUAAUUGUUAUUUAAUUGCUACUGCUCAGAAUACCACCAAGCGUGAGUCUUUUGCACUUGGAAGUUGUGGACACAUAUUCUGCUCUACAUGUCUUGACAAAUGUGUAUCAGGAAAGAUGUGCACGGUAUGUGGUCGUUCACCUUUUACUUAUGAAACUGUGGGGCAUCAUAUGAGUGAGAAAACAAAAAAAUAUUUCCAGGCACCUAAUACUUUAUUGUCAAAUGCUUUACGGAAGAUAAACUCUGUCAUCAAAUUCCAACAGAAUCAGUACAGCAUAAUGCAAAAUAAUGUGAAGAACAUGUGUGGACGGAUGAAUAAUGUAUCUGAUCGAUGUAAGGAAACUGCCAAGAUCUGCGAUUUUCUGGAAAGAAAUGCAAAUUCACUGGUAACUAAUGUGCAGCAUCAUCAUGGAAUGUUGAAGCAUUUGAUUAAUUCGUUUGUGGAUUGUACACAAAACUUGAACUUUGGAGACGUUAGUGAGAAUGCCGAUAUAUCAGGUCCAGUGGAUUUAAAGCAGCGUUCAUCCCAAAGCAGUAAUGUAAAAUCUUUAUUUUUAUCAUAA